GCCUAAGGGAGGGGCUGUGGUUAACCCGGGAGGAGACGUCAUUGCCGGCCUGUCAAUCUUCCGAGCAAAGGUACGAGUGAAGCGUGAAGUGAAGUCUCGGCUACCCCAAUCUCGGCACUCAUCCUCCAUGGCGCUAAGGUCACCCAGCAGGCUAUUACUGCAGUGCAGACGCUGUGUGGCAAACUUCUGUAAUACCAGAGCACAGAGCACUAGUUCAUCUGUGCCAAAAGAAAAAGAAGGGAAGCCCUUGGUGAGUGCAUCCAAAGUUCCAAAAGCCCAGUUUGACUGGCGUGAUGCCCUACAGCUGGAAAGGCUCCUGACUCAGGAGGAAAUAAUGAUGCGGGACUCAUUUCGUGCCUAUUGCCAGGAAAAGUUGAUGCCCAGGAUCCUCAUGGCCAAUCGAAAUGAAGUCUUUCACCGGGAAAUUGUGUCUGAGAUGGGGGCCAUUGGUGUCUUGGGCCCAACCAUCAAAGGUUAUGGCUGUGCGGGGACCACUUACGUUGGAUAUGGACUCCUGGCCAGGGAGAUUGAGAGGGUGGACAGUGGCUAUCGGUCAGUCAUGAGUGUUCAGUCAUCUUUGGUGAUGCAUCCUAUAUAUGCAUAUGGGACAGAGGAGCAGAAGCAGAAAUACUUGCCACGCCUGGCUAAAGGAGAGUUGCUGGGCUGCUUUGGGCUUACAGAGCCUAACCAUGGAAGUGAUCCUGGUAGCAUGGAGACUCGGGCCCAGUACAACCCUUCCAGGAAGACCUACACGCUCAAUGGUUCCAAGACCUGGAUCACCAAUUCUCCAAUGGCUGACCUGUGUGUGGUGUGGGCUGUAUGUGAUGAUGGCAAAGUGCGAGGUUUCCUAUUGGAACGUGGAAUGAAAGGUCUUUCCACCCCAAAGAUUGAGGGCAAAUUUUCACUACGGGCCUCUGUUACUGGGAUGAUUAUUAUGGAAGACAUAGAAGUGCCUGAAGAGAAUCUACUACCCAAAGUGUCUGGACUCGCAGGACCUUUUGGCUGCUUGAAUAAUGCACGUUAUGGCAUCUCCUGGGGGGCACUGGGUGCUGCUGAGUUCUGUAUGCAGACAGCCAGGCAGUAUACUUUGGACAGAAUCCAGUUCAAAGUCCCCUUGGCAAGAAACCAAUUGAUCCAAAAGAAGUUGGCUGACAUGCUCACAGAGAUUACUAUUGGCUUACAGGCUUGUCUACAGCUGGGGCGUUUGAAAGAUGAAGACAAGGCAACUCCUGAAAUGAUCUCCAUGCUGAAACGGAAUUCCUGUGGGAAAGCCCUGGAGAUCGCCCGGCAAGCUCGUGACAUGCUUGGGGGCAAUGGAAUUGCAGAUGAAUAUCAUGUUAUCAGGCACGUCAUGAAUCUGGAGGCAGUCAACACAUAUGAAGGGACUCAUGAUAUCCACGCACUCAUUCUUGGCAGAGCUAUCACUGGACUUCAGGCUUUCACAGUUGAAAAAUAAACUCCAGACUUCAGCUUUGUUCCCCAUGAUUCCAGCGUAGAACAUUACUUGAGAUGGAUUAUGAUGCUGCAAUACCUUUAUAAGCUGCGCAUGACUGCUUCUGCUCACCAGACUCUGAUCAAGUUAUUUUAUUCAGCUGAACUCUAUUUGUAAGCUGAAACAAAUCAGGCAUUUUAAAAUUCUCAGUUGUUCACCAGAAGUGCAGAAAGAAAUUAAAAGUGCUGCAUUCUGCCAAAGGAAAACCAGUUUUUCUAGUUGGUAGUAGGGUAAUGCUAUGGUCUAGGAAAUAAUAGUAUUUUGGAAUUGCCCAGUUGUUUUUGAAGCAAAAUGUUUUGGUAUGUGACUGACUGUAUUUGAUUGCUUCAGGAUCCAGUCAGAGCCUUGAGGUCUAUCUAUACCAGUAUGGGUUAUCUACAAUUUAUAGUUUUAAAAAAACUAGGGUUUUAGUAUUCGUGUAAGAGGAAACCUGUAAUAGUUACAAACGCAGAAGAUGAAAAUCAGAAUUUACUACCUAUUCUGUGCUCAUCCUGCCAUGUGACUUAACUGACUGCUGUUUUUUUAGUGCCUUCAGUGACACUGUUAAAUAAAGACUUCGAUUUUUUUUUAACAUCAGAAUACAUUUUUGAUGGAGUGCUAAGCUAUUUCAGCUAGGACCCUUGCACUUUUGAAUAUGUUCCCCUUUGCUCUUUCAAAAAUAAAUUUAAUGUGAUGAAUUUCUAACACUAGUUUGUGCUGAGGCGAUUAGUUGAAGACCCAAUAUGCUAAUGUUAGUGGCCACAGAAAACCAUCCUUUCCUGUGAACAGCUAUUUCACAUCUUUACUAGCACUUAAAAUUACUUAACUUUUUGGAUAGAGGUUAAGUACAGAAAACAGACUGUUUCUAGCCAAGGAGACUGUGAGUGCCAAUGGCCCCUGUCCAUUUAAUAUACCAAGGGCAUUGAGUCCGGUCACUAUACUUGUAAAAGAACAUUGAGAUUGCCUUUAUUUAAAGCAGUAAAGUGCUACUUCCAGCUUUUGGGUGUUAUACCUCUGCUGCUGUGGUUAAGUAUUCAGAAAAUAAUGAAUGGAGCUGUGGCAUUUCUGAGUUCUUAAUGCUAGAAUUUAGAUACCAUAUAGUAGGGGGUGUGGCUUGUAGACUGAUGUGUGGUAUUCCAAGAUCAGUGAUGUUGAGCUAUAUUUUGCAAUUGGCUGGGAAUUUUAUGAUUUCAUAUGACACGUAAUAUGUAUGUAUAAUCCAGCAAAUUUGUCCCUAUCAUCAAGAUUCUUACAUAAUGUAUAUUCAGAUUCUUAAUUCUCUGUUUUAUGUGCUUUACUAUGCAGUAUGACUUUCUGAGUGUUUCAUAGUAUGUUGUGGGGUUGGUUUGUUUAAUCUAUGUACUGAAAGAACUAGUAACUAAUUUUAUUUUCCAAAACAGAACUGUUAGAUUAAGGAACAGUUAAGGGUGUAAGACAUGAGGUUCUAGGUCCAAUCUCUGAGCCUUGGAUGUAGGCCUUAGAGACCGCCACAUAUUGCCACCACAUUGUGAAAAGGAAAAAAAUAAUGAUUAUAUUUAAAGACAACUUAAAUGUAAUCAAUUUUUUUAUCCUGGCUCCACAACUCCUUAUCCCUGAUUUUUGGAGAGGAGCUCUCAGCAUACCACUCAAAGUUGAAGUAAAGCUUGCAACACCCAAGAAAAGGUGUGCAAUCAUGAGCUAAGAAGUCAGUUAUUUGUAAGGUUUCAGCAGCACUAAAUAGGAUGCAAAUGCAGGGACAACAAUGUAAAGAUGUUUCUAAUUAAAAGGACAGACA